GUAACACUUAUUUAUCACACAAAUGUUUCAUUGUAUUAAAUAUUUAUUAAAAUUGUUUAAUUUCACAACAAACUAAUAAAAAAUGUUUAUUAUUUAUUUAUUUCUCAUAAUAUUCGUGCAAAACCUCGAUGUUAUAAAUGGACAGGAGAUCCGUACGUGUGAUGAGAGCUAUUGUAGAAACCCUCAAAACGGCGUUUGUAAGGAAAUACAUUGCGUCGGAAAGGAUAAGAUGUUGUAUAAAAACGCUACCACUUGCGGAUGUUGUCACAAAUGCAUCAAAAUAUUAGAGGAGGGCGACCCGUGUCAGCUUUCGAUGUUUCGCACACUUCCCGAGUCUGUGUGCGGACCGCACCUCAAGUGUCAACAGGUGGACAGAGACCGCAUUUGCCGCAAAAUUUCGGAUAUUCCCGAGUCGGACGACGAGACUGUAGGCCUUUGCGAGAGGGAAUUAGUUGACCUUGAUAAAUAUUCGGUCGGAAAGCCUGUACCCGAAUGCGACGAUUUUGGUCAAUACGCGCCCAAACUCUGUCGAAACGGCACUUUGUGUCAUUGUGUCGACAAAAACGGUCAAAGAAUCUUCGGUUCCGCCACAUAUGAUAAGUCGGAUGACAUGGAUUGCUGUGAG